AUGUCGUCGCGAUCUGGAACCACCCUUUACGUUACUGGCUUCGGCCACGGUACUCGAGCCCGCGAUCUUGCCUACGAAUUCGAACGAUACGGUCGCCUUGUUCGCUGUGACAUCCCUGCCCCACGUACUCCUUCUAGCCGCCUCUUCGCCUUUGUCGAGUACGAAAGCCGCCGCGAUGCCGAUGACGCCUAUCACGAGAUGCACAACAAGCGUAUUGGCCGUGACGACCUGCUGAAGAUUGAGUGGGCACGUACCCCUCCAUCUGCAUCCUGGAGAUUCGACUCUGGUCGUGACCGCCGCCGUGACCGUACUCCUCCUCGCCGAGGCCGCUCUCCUUCGCCUCGUCGCAGCCGUGCUGGUGACUACUCUCCUCGCCGCGGUGAUGACCGUUAUGAAGCACGGGAUUAUGAUCGUCAUGACCGUGACCAUGAGCGCCGAGACCGUGACUAUGAACGCCGAGACCGAGACAGCGACCGCCGUGAUCGUGACCGGGAGCGCUCUCGUGACCGUUCUCGCAGCCCCGACGACCGGGACCGUGAUCCUAAGGAUGAUCGCGAGCGUCGUGAUGAUGAUCGUGAGCGCCGCGAUGACGACCGCGAGAAUGUUCCCAAUGGUGAAGACAGGAAAGUACCCCUGGACCCCGUCCCUGCUGCUCAUGAUGAGCUUGAUACUGCUGAGUAG